CCCGCCUGGGAGUCGGCGCUCUGCUGGCCGGGGCUCAGCGCUCAGCGGCGCCGGGACGGGCGGCUGCCGCCCCUGGGGCUCGCAGGAUGCCGGCGGCUGCGCGGCGGCGCGGGGCGCGGGUGCUAUGGGCGCUGCUGUGGGUGUCCCUAGCGCGCUGCUACAACGUGGACCUGGGUCGCCCCGUGGUUUUCCAGGGCCCCAAUGGCUCCUUCUUCGGGUACUCGGUGCUGCAGCACUACCACGACAGCACGCGGUGGGUCUUGGUUGGUGCUCCCAAGGCAGAAUCUAAAUACAGCACCUCUGUUCAGUCCCCAGGAGCAGUGUUUAAAUGUCGAGUCCAUACCAACCCUGACAGAAGAUGCACCGAGCUGGAUAUGGGGCGAGGCAACUCUCGGGGCAUGCUCUGUGGCAAGACCUGCAAAGAAGACAGAGAUGAUGAAUGGAUGGGUGUGAGCCUGGCUAGACAGCCGAAGGCUGGUGGAAGCGUGCUGGCAUGUGCUCACCGCUGGAAGAACAUCUACUAUGAGACAGAGUACAUCCUGCCUCAUGGCUUCUGCAACAUCAUUCCCCCCAACCUGCAGCCCAAUGGGAGGAGGCUGUUUCCCUGCUAUGAAGAGUACAAGAAGAAGUAUGGGGAGGAGCACGGCUCAUGCCAGGCAGGGAUUGCGGGCUUCUUCACAGAGGAGCUGGUCAUCAUGGGUGCACCGGGAUCUUAUUAUUGGACAGGAACUGUCAAAGUACUGAAUCUCACUGACAACACAUAUUACAAGCUAAACGAUGAUGCCAUGAUAGGCAGGCGGUACACAUACCUUGGAUAUGCAGUGACAGCAGGUCAUUUCUCCCAGCCGACUAGCACGGACGUUGUAGGAGGAGCUCCCCAGGAUGGAGGCAUCGGAAAGGUUUAUAUCUUCAGAACAGACAGACUGUCAGGCUCUCUGGUAAAGAUUUUUCAGGCUUCAGGGAAAAAGAUGGGCUCUUACUUUGGCUCCUCCUUAUGUGCAGUUGAUCUGAACUCUGACGGGUUGUCAGACCUGCUGGUCGGAGCACCUAUGUUUUCUGAGAUCAGAGAUGAAGGUCAAGUCACAGUCUAUAUCAACAGAGGAAACGGGGUGCUGGAAGAGCAGCUGGUCCUGGAUGGUGACAGCGCCUACAACGCGCACUUUGGGGAGAGCAUGGCUGCGCUCAGUGACAUUGAUGAUGAUGGAUUCCCAGAUGUUGCCAUUGGAGCGCCUAAGGAGGAUAACUACAGAGGAGCAGUGUACAUUUACCAUGGGGAUGCCAAUGGUAUUGUACCUCAGUACUCUAUGAAGCUGUCCGGGCAAACAAUAAACCCCAUGCUGAGGAUGUUCGGCCAGUCCAUAUCAGGAGGAGUGGAUAUGGAUAGCAAUGGUUAUCCAGAUAUGACUGUUGGAGCCUUCUUGUCAGACAAUGUGGUACUUCUGAGAUCCAGGCCUGUCAUUACCAUGGAUAUCUCCAUUUUCCUGCCCGUGUCCAUCAAUAUCACAGCUCCUCAGUGCCAUGAUGGCUUGCAGCCAGUGAACUGCCUCAAUGUCACGACAUGCUUCCGCUUCAGUGGCAAGCGUGUUCCUGGAGAAAUAGGUUUGAAUUAUAACUUGACUGCUGAUGUGGCAAAGAAGGAAAAGAGCCAGCAACCCAGAGUUUAUUUUGUGACUUCUGGAGAGACGAUGGGGCAGAUCACAGAGAAGUUAGAGCUGACAUACAUGCAGGAAAAGUGCGAGCAUUACCUGGCAUAUGUCAAGAAAAGAGUCAAAGACGUUAUAUCUCCAAUUGUAUUUGAAGCUGCAUACAGCCUUGGGGAACAUGUAAUAGAAAGAGGAAAAGAGGACAAGGAUCUGCCUGCUCUCAAGCCCAUACUCCGCUGGAAGAAAGGACAAAAGAUAGCACAAAGGAACCAGACUGUUUUCGAGAGGAACUGUCAAUCUGAUGACUGUGCUGCUGAUUUGAAACUUCAGGGUAAAUUAUUGCUCUCUAGUGUUGAUGACAGAACUGCCUACCUGGCCCUGGGAGCGGUGAGGAACAUCUCACUUAACAUUUCCAUCUCUAAUGUUGGGGAUGAUGCCUACGACACCAAUGUUUUCUUCAAUUUUUCUGGAGAGCUCUUCUUCAUCAAAAUGUGGCAAAAGGAGGAGCUGGGCAUUGCCUGUGAGUUGCUUGAGUCAGAUUUCCUCAAGUGCAGCGUGGGAUUUCCUUUCAUGAGAUCGAAAUCUAGGUAUGACUUCAGUGUGAUCUUUGAUACGAGCCACUUGUCUGGGCAGGAAGAAACACUUACCUUCCUUGUCACUGCACAAAGUGGAAACCUAGAACGCACUGAAUCUCUGCAUGAUAACACCCUAACCCUGUCGGUGCCCCUGAUGCAUGAAGUGGACUCAUCUAUCAAUGGAGAAGUCUUCCCUACUUCAUUUUUCUAUGGUGAUUCUGUGGAAGCGUCCAACUUUGUUCAGUUGGAAAACCAUGAAUGUCAUUUCCAGUCUCUCAACUUCACACUGCAGGUUUACAAUGCGGGGCCAAGCACUCUCCCUGGAGCUUUUCUUGACAUUUCAUUUCCAAACCGCCUCUCUGCCACUGGAGCCGAAAUAUUUCAUGUUCAACAUAUGAUGGUUGGUCAGGACAAAGGAAGCUGUUCUUUUCGCAGAAACCCCAGCCCAUGCAUUGUUCCUCAAGAGAAUGAGAAUAUUUUCCACACAAUAUUUGCUUUUUUCACAAAGUCUGGCAGAAAAGUAUUGGACUGUGAAAGACCAGGCAGGUCCUGCUUAAUUAUACGCUGCAACUUAAGUUCACUAGCCAAAGCAGAGUCCUGUGAUAUAAGUAUCUACACGCUGCUGAAUACAGAGAUACUGAAGAAGGACAGUUCAUCAGUCAUCCAGUUCGUCACAAGGGCAAGGGUGCGGGUGGACCCUGACCUCAGAGUUGUGGAGAUACCCAAUGGGAGCCCAGAAGAAAAACCAGUGGUCUUUGAGGCUUUGCACAAUCUGGAGCCUCGUGGGUAUGUUGUCGGAUGGAUCAUUGCCAUCAGUUUGCUGGUGGGAAUUCUCAUCUUCCUGUUGCUGGCCGUGCUUUUAUGGAAGAUGGGCUUCUUCCGCCGGAGGUACAAAGAAAUUAUUGAGGCCGAAAAGAGCAGGAAGGAGAAUGAAGAUAGUUGGGACUGGGUCCAGAAAAAUCAGUGAACUGCCCAUGAAAACUAAAGCCCAGUCAUUGCUAGCCUAUAGGUCCUGCUCUCGUAUCUUCCAUAUGUGGAAGAAGGAAUCUUCUCCAGAUUUUUCGGAGACCCCGUUGAUGCUGUGUCUUUAUCACUCCAACAAGCUAGGGAACAUAAUCCUGAGGCAACCAUUGCAGCCACGUCAGGUGACUGGAGCGAUUUACACUUCAUUUAAGAGCUGAAAUUUGAACUUCGGUAACCAAGCUGCAGUGCAGAGCAAUAUUUAUGAAUCCAACUAUGUGGUAUACCCUCAGGGGAAGACUGUUACCUAAAAAUAUUUUUUAUAAAUAUAAGCUUUUUAUAUUGAUUAUGUCUUUAUAUUUGUAUCAAUGUUUUAUAGUUUCUAUUGAAUAGCUAUAUAGUUCACUCAAGCACUGAUAUCUGGCUAAACCCUUGGAAAUACAUGUAUGUAUAUACAAAUCAUAUUGUACUUUUAAACUUCAAUGCAAGAGAGAAGAGAGAGAUUUGCAGAUAAAAGUAGCUGAAAUCCUCAUAUGCUUAAUUCACAAGGCUUGGUAAUGUUGUGUGUAGACCAUUUAAUGGCAAUAAGCCAAAGUCUUUUCACUAUCUCUUUUUUUUUUAGUUGAAUUUGGUGUUUUAUUAACUGAAGAACCUAAUGUAUUACAGAGAUGUGAUGUUCUGUAUCUGAGUCUGUCCUUUACUGGCCUGAAUGGGAGAGGAUGAAAAUGUUUCCUCAUUGAUGUGUAGCAAGACUUGUAGCUUGCUUUGGCUCACUGAAGAAAGCAUCACAGAAUGUUUUCCUUUGGGAAGUUUUCUCUUGCAGUCUUUAGUACUUUGAUAAUGGUCUAGGACUGUACAAUUGAGAUACCAGAAGGAUGUAACUGGGCCAACCACUGUGGCAUUGACAAAUUCCUUGGAAUUAAAAAUAAUAAGAAUAAUAAUGGAGCCAUAUUAAUAUUAAUGUUAAGAAGGAUAGUUUUUAAGCUACUGUUAAUGGCUAUGAUCCGUUGCUAUCAGAGCAAGUGAUUUAAUGCUACAAGCUAUGUGCAUUAUUCCUGCCUUGUGGGUUUUAUACACGAGUCAUGAGUUUGUUUAUGUGAUAAUUUUAAGAGGCAUAAGUAGAUACAAGGGUUAAAAUGUUUGGAUUUUGAGAUUCCCUGCUUGAGUGUUUGAAGUACUGAAUGUCAUCCUUCCUCAAGCAUUAAGAAGGAAGUUUAGUCAAGGUGCAGAUGUUACUGGAUUUCAGAUAGAUUGCCAUUUUAUUCGCUGGUAAUUCCUUAGCAAAUCAUUUGCUGAAUUAGAGCAAAUCUAGUUGCAAUUGAUUCAACCAUGUUCCUUCAAAAAACUUGUGGAUUUCUAAAUAGAAAUAGUGGAAUUGUGUAAGACUUGGGUUUAGAUUCUACUUGUACUUUGCACCUUGUGUAAAUAAGAAGUAAAUGUUGGUAUAAAAUCCAUGUAAAGGAAAGAAGUUAAGCUCUGUGGUAGAAGGUGAAGGAGAACCAGGAAUGAUGGUUGCAGGAUUUCUCCUUCCAUGAGAGUAAGGUAAAAGAACUGCUGGAAGUUUGGAAACUUGAAUGCAGAGAACAUGCAACAAAUCUGCUUGAGAACAGGUCUUAUUGUUGCUCUUCCUUGCCAAAUUCAUUAUCGCUUUAAAUUUAAAGAAAUUAACUACAUCCAUAUUGCUGUUUGCCUUUUUCCUUCACUGCCAUUAAGUGCCUGCUAUUACAAUAGUAUCAAUCAAUAUUUAUUAACUUAACUACCUGCACCCAUUAGGCAGAAGAUGGUUUUUAAGUGAAUGAAGUGUAUUGAUUCAACAUUUGACAAGAAAAGCUAUUAGUCUAUUCAGUUAUUUUUCUUAAAACAAUCAUUGGUGAUCUGGCAUAUUUCAUAUAACAAAUGAUCACUUAAGCCAGAAUCUGAAAAGAAACCUGCUGAGGUGAAAUCCUGUUGUAACCACAUAUAGUGGACUGGAGAUUUUUCAUCAGAGUGCAAAAACAAAAGGCUGAUGGCCUUUGACUGCACUGUUGUAUUCGAGGCUAGUGAAUUCUUCACAGUAUGAUAUUUGGCACCAGUUAGUUUUGCUAGUAUUUCAACCUAACGUAUCUAUUUUUUCUGUUGCUGAGAAAUACCUAAGACAAAUAGAAGUUGAACAUGAGAAUGAUUCACAGCCGUGAAUUGAGUAAGACGUUUCUUAAAGUAUUUGCUGAAAAAAGAAGUCCAUUUAUUCAGCUGUAAGACAUUUCAGUACCUGCCCUUUCUAAAACUGACCCCCCUCAAAAUGAUAAAGAAAUAAAUUUGCUGAAAAUAUAGUUCAGGGAACAAGUGAAAUUUGUGAAUUCAACUUAAUUGGAAAGUCUCCAUCCAAAAAGAAGGAGGAAGUUCCCUUAGGAAACAUUGCUUUCAGAUCUGCUAAAAAUGUUUGAUGACAGUAUUUUAAAACUCAAGAUUAGUUAUUCCUUUGAAACACCUUUUUAAAGUAUAUGAAGAAAAGAGCUGGAAAAAAUAAAUACCCAUUUAGCAUUUUAUAUUGUGUUGGAAGCAUUUUUAAGUGGUGGUGUUUGUUUUUUUUUUGUGGGUUGUUUUGGUUUUUUUUUUUGGCUCAAGGCAAAGAAUUUAUUCUUAUUUGGUUAAAGUUAAAAAUGAUUAAAAAUUAAAUCCCAUUUGAUUGAGCCUGCACUGGACUUUUUUGAUCUCUGACUUGAAUUGUCUGCUAUUGAUCCAGCACAAGCCAUCACUCAGUGAAAAUCUAGUUGUUGGCCAGAUUACUGACAUAUUCUUGAAAUAACCCGUACACUCUUAGUACUGCCACUGUUAGAUGCUCGGUAGUUCUGCUGUCACAGAUGCUUUUGUUUUUAUAUGUAUACUCUUAAUUAUUUUUGUGUGUGUGUCAAAUUCCAUUGUGGCUCUUGCUUGGUUCCAGUUAGGAUAGUCAGAUUAGACCAUGAGACAUAGCAGUACUUAGUAUUAAAAUCCUGUAGAUGCACCUUUCCACUCCUUAAAAAGCAACUGAACAAUACAAACAAAAAACCACCAAACUCUAAUAUCAGUUGGUUGCAAUCAUCUUCUAACCCUAAAAUCUUAUGGAAAUGUAAUAUAGUUCAAGAAUGUGUAGAAAAUAGCUGUGCUAUAGAGCUGAUGGGAUUUUCAAAUUAAGAAAUCACAAUAAAUGGUAUUGUAUCAAAAUCUAGAGACAUGGUUAUUUUGGAAAUUGCUUCUAGAGCUCUGGAAGUUCCCUUUUGUCAGCUGCUUGUUAGUUCCUUUGUGCUGUACCACUUGUGCCACAGAGCUGGGAGAAAGUCAUUGUACCAGUUCUCUCCAGUUAAUCCAUUUCAGGACAAAGUCAUGAGUUGUCUUGGAACAACUUCAUGGAAAGGUUUGCUGAAUUCUCAUAUGAUUCUUUUCGGCAGCAGGCUCGCUUUGCACUGGCUCCAAGCUAUGCAGGUGGAAGCUUUAAAGGGGGGCAGUAAUGUUUUCAAAUGCCUCACCUGACAUCCAAGAGAUCUUUUGUUUAAGCCCUGGAGCUAGCAAUGUGCAGGUUGUCUUCUUAUGUAGAGUACCCAUGAAGUUGCUUUUAGGGUAGGAAGAAAACAAUCUAUCUCAGAGAAAUAUGGUUAGGAAGAAAGGGAGGGGGGAAAUUAAAUUAAAAUUCACUUACUGCAGAGCCCGUGCUGUGGCAACCCCAUUUAAUUUCAUCUUGACAUCAAGAAGAUCAUAGCCAUUUCAGAGUUCUGGUGGCCCACAGCACAGGGAUGAAUUUCAGUUCUCAAGAGGUGAAAGCACUUGCCCCUUUGCACAGCAUGUUUUGUGACCAUUUCAUUUGAAAGCCAAGCAUCCGCCCUUGUGAAUUUCUAUCAGUUCACCCACAGAACAGCAUGGCUGAGGCUCUCACCCUACUUGGCCAUUGUAGCUAACAAAAAUACUAGCUGUUUUUCUGAACAAACCUAGUUUUUUAAUUUGCUCUGUUACAAUGAGGAAAUCGGCAAACUGUAGAAAACACUUGAGCAGCCUCUGAAUUGAAGUCACCUUACAAAUCAUUUGGAUUAACUGAGAGAGAAAUUGUGCUUGAUGUGAACCCCAAGCCUGUAAUCCACUUUCAUCUCAAAGUGGCAAAGGCUUUUGCAAUGCCUAGCAUACCAGUGAGGACAAACCUCUCCACCUUGAUACAUGAAUGGGAAGGACCCUACAUACAAGUCAGUGACGCACAGGUAACUUUGCUGAAAGCAGUGGUUGUGCAAAGACUGUGUUUGGCAAUACUUACUAUCAAUUUUCUUGAGUGCCUUGUGUUUAUGGGCAGAUUUUGGAGUCUUGCACAAAUUUCCAGCAUAGUAUCCAUGUGGCACGGGAAUAUAUAAUAUUGCUUUCACUAAAGGGUUAAGGGAGUCAUGGAACUAAUUUCUACCUUUGCCCAAGUUCAUCCACUUGCUAGGGUUUGUUGGACAUAAAUGAAAGUAGGAUUUGGUUCAUGUAGUGUAUAUUGAUUAAACUGGCAUGAAGACUGUAAUUGCUUUUGGAGCAUGAUUUGCAUACACAUAGGGUACCCACACCAUUGUCACUCCUUUUUCUUAGAAUGUCACUCCUUAUGUAUUGUAAAAUUGUAUGUUUCUUUUUGUGAACUUGUGGUUGGAAGAAUGUGCUCACUCCUAUUGAUGUCACCUGUAUUUAGAAGCUCGUGUUCACCUGUAUUCUAAUUCACUUGCACUGUUUUGGAAAUGUCAGGUUUACAAGAAUACAACUUUUUGGAAUAAAAAGUGGCUGCAAAAAUUA